GAUUCAUACAAUAGCUCAGAAUGUCUCACAGAGUCAAAGACUCACUGAGACAGAGGAGCUGCAGUAAAGGGAUCCCGAGCAACACAUUCAUAAAUAUAUUAAGAGAGGACAUGGCCAGGUUGGAUGUCACUGAGAUUUUUCAUGGUAUUUCAUUUCCGGGGCACCUGCACACUCAGGAUUCCUUACAACACGCUCUCAAGUUUCUGUUUCAAGACAUGGAUGUCCUCAUUGUGUCCUAUCCAAAGUCAGGCACUACAUGGAUGCAAGAAAUUGUGACCCUCAUAUCCAGCAGAGGUGACCCACAUGUGUCCCAGACUACUCCAAACUGGACCAGAGCCCCUUGGUUGGAGCAAUACUACUGUGCAGAUUUGUUGAAGAGUUCAACCUCAACACCUCGAGUUCUCACUACACAUCUGCCCCAUGACCUGCUGGGCCCCGCCCUCCAGGAAUCCAAGGCUAGGAUCAUCUAUGUGAGCAGAAACCCUAAAGAUGUUCUGGUGUCCUUUUAUCACUUCCACAAGAUGGCCAACUUCCUCCCUGAUGCUGGCUCCUUUCCAGAGUUUUUGCAUCAUUUCUUGGAGGGAACAUUGCACUUUGGCUCCUGGUUUGACCACAUUAAGGGUUGGACCAGUCAGGCUGCGGCUCUCAACCUGCUGCAUGUCACAUAUGAAGAGAUGUCGACGGACCUGCAUAGGACCAUCAACAAGGUGAGCUCUUUCCUGCAGCGCCCUCUGCUGGAGCAUGAGCUCAAUAACUGUGUGAAACACUGCAGCUUCAGCCGCAUGAAGGACAACAAGAUGAUCAACUACAGCCUUAUUCCUGAUGAGAUACUGGAUCACAGCAAAGGCUGCUUCAUGAGGAAAGGUGAGAUCGGAGACUGGAGAAACAUGUUCACAGAGGAGCAGAAUCGAUACUUUGACACUGCGUUCAAGUCCAAGAUGCAGGACUGCAUUUUGAAGUUUGUGUGGGAAAAACCAGAAAACGAGGAAUCAGAGUUGAAAGAUUGAAUCUGCCAAAACAAAAGAGAUUUGUGAUAACUGUGUGAGAGAUCAUCCCAGAGAUGAUGACACCACGUUUGUCUUAUAAAUAUUUAUUAAAUCUAGACAUUUUUAAAGGUUAUUUUCCAGUAUGAUAUCUCCUUGACAUCCUUUGAAGAAUGUGUAGUAUUGCUUAAUGCUCAUGAAUGAAUCUUUUUAUGUGACACAUGUCAUGGUUCUGUCUCUGUUUGGUGAGCAAAAGAUGAGACAAACAUUUACUGAUUCAAUAUCUGAUGUGCUUCUUUCGCUUUGUUCAAGUUGGAUUUGGGUUUUCUGUGAAUCACAAGAUGCACGUAUAGAACCUGACAGUCGUGUCAACACUGCAACAAUAAACAGAGGGGGAGGAAAGGUUAAAGGUCAUUGAA